UUUUUUCCUUUCCUUCCAGAACGGGGGGCCUCCUCGUUAUCAGUCUGAGGUCAUAUCCUGGAUACCUGAGCAAUACUUGAACCCAACACCAUCAUGAGUCGACUUGGAGCCUGGUUUCGGGGGGCCGCCCCACAAUUGGGCUCGAACUCGGCACCGUCACAAGCAGACCUCCGGGCUCGUAGACUAGCUGCUUUAGAAUCUGCAAUUGCCAGUACUUCCCUGAUUAUGAACGAUGAUAUCGACGGUGCUGAGAAGGGGUUGCGGGAAGGUGAUUCGCCUUUUCAUCUUCUUGGAUUGGGCAUCUGUACUUUCAUGAGAAGUAUCCUCGGAUUCGAGAAAGAAAUCAUGCUUGAAGCGAGUAACCGUCUAACCGCCUGCGAAAAUGCUGCUUGGAACGAGUUGAGGAAGGCCCAGAGAGAGGCUAAACCUGGGGAGGACCGGAUCUAUCCUCCAGGAAGCGAGUAUGCAUUGGUCAUCGCUGAUGCCCAACUCAUGUCUGCUAUUAUAGCUGUCCUUCAUGAGAGUUUAACCGAGGCUCUCAGGGGCUUCUAUAAGUUACGGAAAGCGUUUAUGGCACUUGAUGAGAUUAUGCAAGCAGAAACAGCUUAUCUGAAGAAAAAGGGCCUUCAUUCGAGUCUAUCAUUAUCUAACGGACAAGCUGCUACAUCGUCAACUUCGACACCGAAUGGGCGUCUUAAUGGAACUGACGAUACUGACACCGAUCUCGAAUUUGUAGAUGCGGAUGAGGCACACUCGGGAGGGCAUACACCUUUGAACUAUGCGGGUCAUCUCGCCAAGAAUUCUAUUCCCCCUGAAGAACAAUUAAGUCAAUUGUCUUUAGACUCUAACUCCACCAAAAGACCAGCAUCAAAAAGGACGAGCAUGCCAUUGAGCUCAGCAUCAGGAAACCCCGAUUCAGAUAUCUUCAAGGACCCUGUAGAUAUUUUCAUCCAUAGUGGUGUUAACAUGUGUUUCGGAUCCUUGUUACUUCUACUUUCCAUGGUCCCACCAACCUUCUCACGCCUCCUCUCCAUUAUCGGUUUUAAAGGCGACCGAGAGCGUGGCAUAAAUAUGCUCUGGCAGAGCUCUAAGUUUGAUAACAUCAACGGAGCUGUGGCGGGCCUCAUGCUACUCUCUUACUAUAACGGUCUUCUAAGCUUUGCCGACAUCCUACCUUCCGAAGAGGAUGUGGAGAAAGGCGCGUUUGGUGGAUAUCCAAAGGCUAGAUGUAGUGCACUACUCGUUCAAAUGCGAUCACGGUACCCGGAUAGCGGACUGUGGCGAUUUGAAGAAGCCCGAGUCCUGGGUAACAGCCGGGACCUGCAUGGUGCACUCAAGAUCCUGAAGGAAAACCGAGAGUCAAAGAUGCGCCAAGUCACGGCGCUCAACAAUUUCGAGAUGGCUCUAAGUUCCAUGUUCAUCCACGACUACGACGACAUGCGCGAUAACUUCCUUCGUUGCGUCGAACUCAACGAUUGGAGCCCUUCGCUGUAUUAUUACAUCGCUGGGUGUGCGGAGUUGGAGAAUUACCGAAACGCGUUCCAUAGCAAAGAACAGAAUGAAUCACAGAUAAAUGUUCACAAAAAGAAGGCAGACGAACUCCUCCGAAAAGCGCCUACCCUAGCGGGAAAGAAGCGCUUCCUAGCUAGGCCUCUACCGUUCGAGCAAUUUGUCUCACGAAAACUACAGAAGUGGGAGGAGAGAUCCAAGGCGCUGGGUGUCGACCUAGUCGAUGCUGUGGGUGUCAGCCCCGCACAAGAGAUGACAUUCCUGUGGAAUGGGACAAGGAAGAUGCAAACAGCAGAACUCAAGAUGUCUGAGAAGGCCCUAUCUUGGGAUCGGCUGACGGCUUCUGAGGAGGCACGCAAGAAGAUCAAGGAGGAGAUAGACGAACAAGCCUCAAGAGAUGUGUGUCGCGCCGCGGUGGAGCGAGAGUUAGGCAAUCUAGACUCCGCUCGUGAGCUGUUAGACAGUGUCCUAGCUAUGGAUAAGUUGGCAUUCAGGGGCACCACCAAAGACGACUACGCGCUGCCCGCAGCUCACUAUGAGAUGGCGGCGCUCGCAUGGAUCGAAGUGCAGAAGCCUGCACUUCGGGGUCAAAUCGACGAGGAUGAUGAAGAGGAUUGGCUACAUGAGAAGGUGGAAGAAUGUCAGUCCUGGCUUGACAAGGUGGCUAAAUGGGAGGCGUUUGUCCUAGACGCCCGCAUCGGUAUGCGUGUCCAGACUGGUAUGGAUACGAUUACAUGGUAUAAAAAGGAACACGGGUGGACGACAGCCUGAUCACUGUCUCAUUGACGCAUGGCGGAUGGGUUUAUGCAGCAUCUAACGACACGAUUUCUUGUGGCAUAUGGGGGUAACGGGUUCCUUACGCAUAGACAUGUCAUAUUUAGGCGCGAAAUGGUUUCAUGAGUGUGGGAAGUGGCAGGUGUUGAUUGGGAAUAGAUAUGGGUCGGCCAAUGAUAUUUGCAUUUUCUGAGACAGGCUUACAUGGCCG